CAGCUUUUUCUACUGGCAACGUAUCAACUUAUUUAUAAUAUGAAAUUUAUUUAUAAGGGAAUAUCGGAGACAUUUCGCAACAGUCACAUCAGACGUUAGUAGCAGUCUAUAUUAUUUUCAUAAUACUCCCGCCUCUAGUGAAAUCCACAAAAAUAAAUUUCUAAAAAUAAAGGAAUAAGUGUGUAAUACUGUGAAAAUGUUGGUGCAAAAGUUUUGUUGCUUUCGUUUGGAAUCCACUGCGAAAUUUUUCGGCUGGUUGGGUAUCAUUGGUAGUGUCCUUCUAGCUAUCAUUUCCAUAGUCGGCAUAGCUAAUGCACAUGAACUUUCCAUAGAAUUACAGAAAAGAGGCUUAGAUAUAAAUGAAGGCAAAACGUCACAAUUUGAUUAUGGUUUGGUUGAUAUUCAGUGCUUUAGGAAUGGUGUUUUCGAUUAUUUUCAUAUUCUCUACUGGUUCUUAUGGAAGUCUUUUGGGCCUCGCGUUGAAUAUUUAUAUUUGGAUAGCAAUGUUCUCACUUUAUAAGAGAAUCGAAUCGGAAAGAAAAACAGGCUUUUCAGGUCCAGCUGAGUAUAUGCCCAAACAAAUGGCCUAACUAAAAAGGCCUAACUAAAACAUCAAAUUUUUAUAUUUAUGCCUAUAUAUUUUAUAUAUAUAUUAUGUAAUGACAAUAAAAAAUUUGUAUAUCAACAAGUCGACAGUAAUAAAAAUAAAUCAAUAAUUUUUUUACAAC